AUGGACUUGCUCCUCAAGAUGGGCUUGGCAGCGAGGAAGAUCUACCUCCACUGCUUCACGGGGUCCCAGGUCAUAUUUGAACGUUGGCAUGAGUGUGGCCCCAAUGUGUAUUUUGGAGUGUCAUCUUUAAUAUGCAGAAACCAGGAGCUCCAAAAAGUGGCCACAGAAAUUCCUGCAGACCGCCUCGUCCUUGAGUCGGACGCUCCAUACCUGCCUUCCUAUGGAACCACCCCUUGGGCAUCUUUGGAGUUGGUGCUGGCAAAGUUAACGGUGUUACUCAAGAAACCGGAGCCCCUCAUUCUGCAGCAGUCCAUUCUGAACACCCGCCGGCUUUACCGGAUCUAA